AUGAAAGUUCUUGCUGGUGUAUAUAAAUCAAGAUUUGCUGCCGCACUUGGCUGGGUGGCAGUAAAAACUAGUACAAGGGGUGAGCAAGAGAUUCAGAUGCUUGCAAAAGGCCCUGGAGCGUUUAGAACUCUUCGUAGGUGGGGUUCCCCUUUUGCAAUAACCAAUCAUGGAGAAAAUAAUGAGGAUUCUAUAGUGACAGCAAGUUAA